GACAGCGCACGUCAGUGUUUUGCUGUGCGCUCGGUCGCUAGCUGGAGCAUUUGGAAGGUAAACAUUGGAAAGGAAAGUUUGGAUAAGCUGCAGUGAAGUUGUGCUUGUUUCGAUGGGAAAGAUGAGGCUGUCUGAGCGAAUGGUUCAAAAUAAUCUACUCCCGUACUCGAAGGUGCUGGUUUGCUCACACGACAACGGGUGAGAAUGUGAGAAAACGAAACGAGCUUCUGACGGAGCAGCAGCCGUACAAAAGGAAAUAUCUCCAUCUCUCCGUUUGGGACAGUUGCUGCGCGAAAGUACGAAGGCUGUGAAGCAGCACAAUUCCACAACGGCACGAACGGCACAACGGCCGAGCUGCUGGCCGGUGUACGGAUUGCACUGUAUGGCGAUUCAACGCAUCUGGAGAAACCGUGCUUUUGGCUGCUGGACUCGCUGCUUCAGUACACAAUGACGGCGCAUGUAACCAGCCUACUGCGUGAUUUAAAUGUCAGUCGGCAGGUGGAACAGAUCGAAGAAAACGUGAAGCUACCUCAGCGAAUGCCGAACAACAAUCUGCACCUGUACUCGAAAGUGCUGGUGGCUCACAGGACAACGGGCGAGAAACGUCCCGUACCUGUGUGUCAACGGCUAGAGUGGGAAUAUCCGGUCACGCUGAACAUGUCCAGCUUAAGAUUCGGCACCGGUCCAAACGAUCAUCUACUCGUCCAGGAGCAGCAACAGCAGCAGCAGCAACAGCUUCUAGUGGUCCAACAGCGUCAGCUAAAGCAAGGCCCACCGCAACCAAUCAUGCCGUUGGUGGGGAACGAGCUCGUCUACAGCAGCCGUGGUCGUAGAUUGGAAAGUCAAAAGGGUGGUAAUGCCGCACUCGGCGCCAACGAUGAACCAGACGUUCCCGGAUGGCGCAACAAGAAAACGGAUAAAAUCCCCCCAAACGCACCACCGAAUGGAUUCAACGGUCCAUCCGGUGCAUCACCAACGGCCGGUACACCGAUGGCGGUCGGGGUGAAGAUAAUUCCCCCUUGCUGGAGGAUCCACGGAAGACGUUGACUACUAUGCGGAGAGCCGCGCCGGUGGUGGUGGUGGUGGUGGUGGUGGUUCGAAUGGAGAUCGUUCCAGUGGUACAGUUGGGGCGUUCUACUGGUUGGGCGGCUCGAAAGGUGCCGUAAUGUUGGCACUGUUCGCGUUGCUUGCUCUACUGAACUGGGUGCGCAAAACGAAAGGGCUCACGAUCAAGCGACGGCUCAAUUACGUCUUCAAUAAGGUUGGCUUCUGAGGAGCUGAAGUACAGACACGGUUGGCUAUACCAAAAGAGACGAGCGAUAAGGCAACGAAAUGGACCGGCUGGUAGUAGUGGUAGCUUAAGUUGGGGGAACAAGACUCGUUACACGGUAGGUGGUAAGGGAAGUAUUUGCCAGCUUUUCGUAUUAGGGCUCAAUGUUGUUUUAUGUUCUUGUUAUUCUUCGCGUCGUAGGAGAGGGCGGUUCUAGUUCACUUUUUAGCUGCAGUAAUGAACCUUUUUUUAAUUUAAUACUACUGUAUGUUUAGCCAAGGAGAAGGAAAUCAGUGCUGUUCUUCUGGUAGGUGUAUCUUGUUGAAGAUAUGGCAAAAUAGGUCUCCAAAUGAGUGUGUGUAGAGAGAGCAACAGCAAAAGAUUAACAUACAUUAUGUCAAUCCGUAUUGGUGUGAAUGUGUUCCUAGCUAUUCCCGGCCACACGGGGAGGAACGCAAAAUAAAGAAGGAAAAUAUUUUUAUAUUUUUAUAACGAA